GAAGUAGAAGAGAAGAGAAGGCAAGUCGCUCCAAAAGUGAAAGAGGUUCGAGUGAAUGAAGCCCAACACCAACCGGGAAACAAGAGCAACGUUUGCCACAAACAACGCAACUUCUUUUAAUGAACCCUUCUUUUAUGACCUACACGCGGAAAACCAUCGGCAGGCUUUAGACUUCAUUUCGCCAGGUGUAAGUUCCUGAAUACACCAUGGAGGAGGGAAGCUGCUUUGAUUCUUUAUAAGGUGCCUCGAGGGACCUCUGCUCUGAGAAUUAAAGAAACACGAGCAAAAAUUAGAAAAUACUCUGACCUGUGAAAAGAUAAUACCAGGAAAAUAUAAUAGUUUAGCAUCCCAGGAACUCUGAAAGGAAAGUUUGAUUCUGAGUGUGCAACCAUGUGCCACGUGAUCGUAACAUGCCGCUCUAUGCUCUGGACGCUGCUCAGUAUUCUGGUGGCCUUCGCUGAGCUCAUCGCCUUCAUGAGCCCCGACUGGCUGCUGGGAUUCCCUCGCUCUGAUUCCAGCGUGUCCCGGGACGGCGUCGACUCUGGGGAAUACCGGCCCUCUCUGGGCCUCUACGCCCGCUGCCUUCGCCUGGGCAACAGGGGGGGAGGGGUGAGCUGCGGGCCCUAUGCCGGGACCUUCGCUGAGGUGGCCAGCGGCUUCUGGCGGGCGGCCCUAUUGUUUCUGGCCGCGGGGAUACUGGUGCUCGGAGUAGUGGCCUGCGUCUCCGUCUUCAGCAUGUGCUUCCAGAGCAUCCUGAGGAAAAGCAUUUUUAACAUUUGCGGCCUGAUGCAGGCCAUCGCGGGCCUGCUGCUCCUUGUGGGCCUCAUGCUCUACCCCGCCGGUUGGGGUUCUGAGAAGGUGAUCAGCUACUGCGGGGCCGAGGCUUCGCCCUUCAGGCCGGCUCUUUGCUCCCUCGGCUGGGCGUUCUACGCAGCCAUCGGGGGAACCCUGGCGACAUUUCUGUGCGCCGUUUUGUCCGCCCAGGCAGAGAUCGCCACCUCUAGUGACAAAGUGCAGGAGGAGAUAGAGGAAGGCAAGAGUCUCAUCUGCGUGCUUUGAACGCAUUCCUUUGGUUGAGAUUAGAAGAUAGAAAGGUUGUAUUUUAUUUUUCUACGGUUGUUUUGGAAAAAGACUUUUGUGCAUUUGCUGGCAAACUGCAGACCACUGAAUAAAACUAGGUACAUCUGCAUUCAAGCUAACAUUUAGUUACCCACGCCAUGUUGUGUUACAAUUCGUACAUCAAUCUACUUCAAUCCCACUUGACGUCUGUAAAAUAUAAUAAACUCAGGCUACCAAAUUUCUAAAAUUCUAUGUUAAAAAAGACUUGUUGUAGAUGGCACGAUUCAAAAAAAAAAAAAAAAAUCUUUUGAAACAGUCAUAUCUUGAGUAUAACCUAAUGGAUAUGAGCCAUCUAUUUUUUUUUCUUUUUUUCUCUUUUUUUUCUAAUUUAGAUGAAACGGAACUGAUUGUGUUAAAUAGGGGUGGGAACCUUUGCGAUAGAAGGCUCACUAUAACAAGGAUCUUACGAUAUGGCGAUAGAACAGUGAUUGAUACAUCAAAUCAUUCUAGGAUAUUCUACAAAAACUACAAAUAAACAGAAAAACAAGCUACUUUCAUCCUUCUGCUGUGAAUUGGAAUGAGUUUAUCACUACAAGACGUCCAAUCUAUUUGAAGUGAAUGAACGAGGUUCAUUUGCUGCCAUCCCUCCCACUUCAAAUGAAUUGGACGUCUAUGGCUGUCAGUGGCAGCCAAUGCCGCACAAUAAGUUUGUUUAGGGGCAUUUUAGGUCAUUUCCUGAUGAUUUUCAGUCACUUCCUUUUACUUUUGAAUCAUUUACAGCAGGGGUGUCCAAACCUUUUGCAAACGGGGCCAGAUUUGGUGUGGUAAAAAUGUGGGGGGCCGACCUUGGCUCACGUCCUUGACGUAGAACAAUAUAUUUAAGCAAAUUUUAGUAAGCCAUUCUGUGUGUCACAUUUGCUUUAUUGUUUUUUUAAUUAAUAACUUAAACAAUCUUGCAACUAGCCUUUGUGGCGUUCUCUUUCGACUCUCGGGCUCUUGUGAAAUGCUGCUGCUGUAAAAUUAAAUUAGCUUCAAGUUGCUUCAAUUUCUCACUACGUAUCUUCCCUGUAAUCUUGUCGUAUAUGUCAACGUGUCUUGUUUGGUAAUACGGCCUCACAUUGAACUCUUUAAAAACAGCGACUGUCUCUUUGCAAAUGAGGCAGACACAGCUGUUGUAUAUUUUAGUGAAGAAAUUUCCACCUAUCCUUGAAGCGUCAGCCGUCGCAGUCAUUGGUCAUUUUUGUUGAUUGUCGCCAUUUUAGAAAAUUGAGCGUAAAGGGUCACACGGGAUAAUGUUGCUUAGAGUACUGCUGCCUUUUAGUGGGUAAAUGAGGAGCAGCAUUUAGUGUGUAAGCUACUUCAUAUGCUGGUAGCAGUACUGCUGACCAAUUUAUUAAGUCUGUGUGCGGGCCAGACGUUAUUGAUUUUAUGACAGAGUCUGGGGGCCGGAUGAAAUUUGACCACGGGCCGCAUUUGGCCCCUGGGCCUGACUUUGGACAUGUCUGAUUUACAGGGUCGCUUCCUGUUGAAGUGACUCAAAAAUGUCCUUAAAUGAAUAGGAAGUGACUUAAAAUCAACAGGAAAUAACCUGUAAAUGCCCUAAAAUGAACAGGAAGUGACCUGUAAAUGACCACAAGAGACUGGUUGAGAAUGCUCUGGUUUCAGUGUCAUCGUCGGUGCUAGAUUUCCAAUCCAGUCAAAAUGAAUGUCUAGUGCCGUCAAUGGCAGCUGGUGAGCUAACAUAUUGUAAUGGUAGAUUUUGGGAGCAACCUGAUAUAUAUAUUUUUUUUUAAACAUCUUUUUAAAGCGAUAUAUUGAUUCUUGGUGAGAGCAUAUCGAUAACCUUUUAUGCUACAAAGUAUUGCGAUAUAUCACCUUUUUGAUAUAUUGUUACAUCCCCAGUGUUAAAAGUGUACAUAAUAUUAUAUUAAGUUGAUGGAAGGCCCUUGAAUUAAAUGGAAUUGUGGCAGUCUAUCAGCAAAUACAGUGGUGCAUCUACGAAAUAAAUGGAAUUGUGGCAUUCUAUCAGCAACAGUGGUGCCUCUACAUACGAAUUUAAUUUGUUCCAGGACCUGGGUUGUAAGUCGAAAUGGCCGUAUGUCGAGCGGGAUUUUCCCAUAAGAAUACAUUAUAAUUCAAUUAAUUCGUUUCACAGCCCAAAAAUGUAUAUAAAUCCCUCAUAAAUACUGCAGGUACAAUUACAAAUAGCAAUUAUACAUAGCAAAACAAAUAAAUUAUAAAUCAAAAAAACAAAUCGGAAUAAUGAUAAUCUUAAGAAUCAAGUUCUAAUGUAGCAGUUGUGUAUUGCAUGUUGUUCCUGAAUGUACCGUGUUACUGACGAGAGUUAGAGAGGUGCGUUUGAGUUUUUAACGUUCUCUUUUCAUGUUCUGUUGUUGUUGGCGUUGGCUACGGUGGACAGUAGCCGUGUUGUGUUGCAAAAGUUCUGAAAUAUAUUAUUAAAAACCUGACGAAGCAGGUGACUUCUUUGCCGAUGUUACAACAAUAAUUGUCGGCUUAAUUUAUAAAGACUGGCGAACGGAGGUCAGAGGAGGACCGUCGAGAUUGUAAACAUAUUCCAUUGUUUCCAUCUUAAUUUCAAUGGUAAGCGUCACCUUUUUUCUCUUUUUUUUCACCACCUGCACUACCCUUAUUGGGACCCAUGUUGAUUUCUCACAAGAAAACAGUCUUGUGGGAAAACAAUGAAAUUGCCACGCUGUUGUAAAUCGUUGUAUUUCGAGCAUGUCGUCGUAUGUCGAGACAAAUGACGAGUCAAAAUUUACUUUGGAUGUUGAAAGGAUCGUAUUGUCGAGGUACCACUGUAUAUUGUUGUCCAAAGAAUCAGUUCAGUUCACUUUAUUUAAUGUUCCUUGUAGGGCGAUUACUUUCACAGAAGGUCACAGACACCCCACAAACGAGAUGUUCAUACAUACACAAUCAAAAUAGCAAUAAUAACGCAUUGCAUGUAUAGAAGUGUCAAAUACACAGACACAUGGUAAAACAAAGUGCUUACUGCUUGCAGCGAAUAAAAUAAGGUCAAUUUCAGGAAAAACAAGUACAUGUAGACCCCGGGUUACGACGUACUCGACUACCGUAAUUUGCUUCACAGAAGUCCGCUAGCUUAAAUGCUACGAAUGCUAACGUAUAUACAAUUCUCAUAGCAAAUCGCUCACACGUAACUCCACAAUCUAUAGCUCUAAACUUAAUUACAAAUGCAUACGCAAACAUUUAUUAGCUGAAGCAACUUACAGCCUUAUGUGGGUCAAACCAGAGCGCAGCUGUCCUUUAUACACGUUAGACGUCUGAGUGCACCUGUAUGCCAUAUGCGGAUUUUUUUUGGGGGGGGGGGGGGCAGGCCCCCCCCUGGUGGUCGAAAAGUGUCAUUGCAUAUAAUUGACUAUCCUAUAUAUAUAAAAGUUAUAAAGCAAUAAAACUGCUACAAAAAUGAAUGAAAUUAACAAAAAAAUAUAUUUUUAAAAUGGGUCAAAAUUGUUUUUCGAACAGAUCAUGUGACUAGAACCUUAGAUGGUCAUUCGCUUUGCAUAUAAUUAAAAAAAUAUAUAUAUUAGAGGAGGGCAAUUUUAUUUUUCAAAUGAAUUUUUUCUUUGAUUGAAAAUACUUUUUUGAUUGAAGCAACUUUUUUUGGGAUUGAAUGAUUUAGACACAAAUGUCCAACCCAAAAUAUGGCCCAAACACAAAAAGGAUUGCUUCAAUCAACGAAAACUUUUUCAAUGAAAAAUUAUGUGUUCAAAUGGAAAUUUUUCAAUCUCAAAUAUUUUCCCGCAUUCAAAAACUUUCUAUGAUUGAAAUUCUUCUUUUCUUUGAUUGGUGAUUUUUCUUUUUGAAAAUAUAUUUUUUAUGAAUCACCUUCUGUUUUGAUUGAAUAAAAAUGUGGCCCAAACACAAAUCAACAUUACUUCAAUCAAAAAAAAAAAAAAAAAUCAAUCAAUCAAUCAAAGAACACUAGCUUUCAUGUGCAUUUUUCUUUUAGUUUUUUGAGUUUAAAAUUUAUUUUUGCAUUCACUUAAAAAAAAAAAAAAUUUUUUUUUGAUUGAAGCGACUUUUUUUUGGGGGGGGGUGAAAACAUAUUUUGAUUGAAGCAACUUUUUUUUGAUUGAAUAAUAAAGACACAAAUCUACCUCCAUAUGACUCCGCCCAGGGGAUACAAUUUUUGCCAGGGGUAACUACAUUGGCACGACAACGGCGGGCGCACCAUAUUCAAUGGAUGACGAUCUUGGGGAAAAGUAUUGCCUAAGCAGCCCGAUUUAGAAUUCUCCUCAAGAAUGAUGAGAAACAAUAAACGCUCAUUGUCAACUUAUUAUUAUAAAUAUUCUUCUAAGUUAAUUUUAUAGCUGACUCUGCGUUUCGGGGUCAUCAACAUGUGGUGCCCCCCUUGCCCCAUAAGUCAAACUCCGCCUAUGGUAUGAAAGAAUUAUUGAACGACAGUCUAACCAGACCAAACGCUUCCACCAGAGGGCAGUGUAUCCUCCAGCAUUAAAGAAAAUACAAUACUUUUGGGCUUUUUGGAUAGUUAUUUUGAAAAUUUAAAGGCUUGAUUCUGACUUACGCGGAAAUUCGGGUACGUCGCAAGCGUAGGAACAGAACUCGUUCGUAACCCGGGUACUACCUGUGUUGAAAACAAAGGAAGAAAUCGAAUGAAGUAAAAUUAAAUAUGAUAAACAAAUUGUAGACAGUCAGCAUAUAUGCGAUAAUAAAUAAACUAAACGAUAAAAUACAGAGCGCAGCAACAAGCGAAGAACGACAUUAUAAAUUGCCCGGAUGGAGAGAGGCACGAAAGAUGAGUUUGUAUGUUUUCAGUAGUUGGCGGAACAAUUAAGCAAAAGACAGAAGAGAGAAGCUUGUAUUUCUGAUUCAAGGGGUGAAUUUAGUAUGUCUUCGGAUGGUUGCCGCUUUAAGCAUUUGAAGGCUAAAACUGGAUUCAGGCAGAAUUGAUAUUGUAUUGUCAUGAAAUAGUACUUAAUAAUAACGUCCUUAAAAUAAAAUGUAAACGGCACAUUUAAAUACACCGUUAAAAAUAAAACUGUCACAAAACUCCUAAGCCACAGUAAUUGAAGUUUACAGAGGAUAAAGUACCUGUGAGUGUUGUUGUACAGUAUUAUUUACAUGUGUUGCUUCAAAUUUUGUAUUCAUAAAGCCAAUGCUAUUUGUUAGCAUAUCUAUAACAUUUUACAUUGUUUUUUUUUUUUUUUUUUUUUUUUGCAUGAUGCUAAUUGGACUAAUGUAACACAAAGGUCUGUGUUUUUACUAAAUACAUACAAUUUUUAAUGUUCUUUGGUAGUUCGAGCUAAUUGAGUUACGAGCCUGGUCAUGAAACAAAUUGAACAUUUACGUCAAGAUACAGAGGUAUCUGCUUUUUUGUUUUAUACAAUGUAUAUACGGACUUUUUGUUGAACAAUCAAGUAAAAUACAAGUGAUGUUGCACUUCAUAUUGAGAAACAGGUGAAUUUGCAACAGAAAUAUCCUUUGACCCACUCAUUUUCUAGAUAUAGUGUUUAUCAGUGCUGGACCGGUCACCAGUGAACACAAAGUAAACUGUGAAGUGUGUCUGCGACUAAGUUUUGAGUGACACUGCAAAAGUGGUAGUAAUUAAUCAAUAUAAAUAAAUAGAUAGAAUAUUUAUAGUUAGAAUAUUUAUAGUUUGCAGAUACACAAAAUGAACGAUAGCAUUACUAUCAUCCAUGUGAAGGGUUCUCGUAUUGACUUUCAGUUGGAUUAUACUAUGCAAAUGUACCAAAUGUUGAGCAAAUCCACUAUGUUUAUGGUUCACCUGUGAUGUGAAACAGACCACUUAACACCACCAAAUAUACCCACUAGAAUGGAGUAAAUCCUUGUAACUAAUGAGGAGUCUCAUUUCUUGCAUUGACUGCAAUUGCCGGUGAUGGACAUCAAAGCCAUUUGAAAUGGGAGGAAAGAAAAACAUAGUAAUUAAAAGUUGAAAACUUGUUUAAAAUACCGCUAUUUUCGGACUAUAACCCACUACUUUUCUCCAUUUUAAAUCCUGCGGCUUACAGUCCAGUGCGGCUUAUUUGUUGAUUUAUUUGGGUUAAUUGGUAACACUUUAUUUGACAGCAGCAUAAUAAGACUGUCAUAAGACUAUCAUAUUUAUAGCCUGACACUUUCAUGGACCUUACUGAAUACUUAUGACAGAUGUCAUAAAGUGUCAUCUGACAAAUUAUGUCACUAACUCCAUUUUGUCCAGCUCGGAUCUUAUACAUCUGUUUAAAAGUUAGAUAAUUUGCAGGAAAACACUAAAUAACAUCUGUUAUAAGAAUUUAUUCAUGCUCAUUACAGUGUCAAGUCAAAAUUAUGAUUGUCUAAUGACAGUCCUAUGGUGCCCCUGUCAAAUAAAAUGUUACCAAAUACCAUAACUAGCAAUUAAUGAAACUGGAACAGUAACUGCAGGAAUAAUAGCACAGAACAUGAAUUUGAAUGUUACAUCUGUGGCGCUGCAAUGCAUGCUAGGAGGCGUGUUGGACAACAACAGUGUUGACAGUAAGCGGUAGCAGAGGUUGACUGUCUCCCCCAAGGAAGCAGUGAUGGCCAAAUGAAGCUUCUUGAAACAAUGAGGGUUUCAUGGGGUUUCAUUUGGUCUUAUGGCAGUCGUAUGAUGCCACUGUCAAAGUGUUACUGGUUAAUAUCUUUGGUGUAAAUAUCUCAUAAUACAGUGAGGACAGCUGUGGCUUAUAGUCCAGUGCGGCUAUCUAUGACCAAAUGCUGUUUUCGUGCCAAAUUAGGUGAUUGGAGGCUCAUAGUGAGGUGCACCUUAUAGUGCGAAAAUUACAGUACACAAAGUACAAUUAAGAGGCAUUUUAAGAAAAUGAAGCGACAAAAAAUAUGGGAAUGUGACUAGUUUCAAUACAAAAUUGCCACAUUGCAUUUGAUUGCUCUUAUUCAUCAUAGAUGGCAAACUGUGCUGUCAUUUCUUUGAAAGUGACCAGUUGUGUGGGAUGCCGGAACACAGAGACAGUGGUUUAUAUGAACAAGAAUAGUAUAGGUUUUUUUUUUUAUGGAUGAAAGUAUUGCUGAUGUGAGUGUGGAAAAAUAAAGUUGCUGUGAAUACAAAUGUUAUAAAGCUACAUUUCUUUGUUCUUGUUUUCCUUUUUGCAAGACUUUUUUGAAUGAGUUGUAGAUCCAGAGGUGGAUGGAAAAAUACAGUGGUUCCAUUCAAAGUCCAGUCUCUUUCAAAUCUUUAUUCCAUGUUAAUACCAUAAAUAUACAAAACUGAAAACUAUUUCACAUGCGACAAAGGCCAGACAAGAGUGCAUUUAAAUUUCUUUUUACACGCGACUCCUAAUGGGGGCAUCAAAUGAGCAUCUUUACAGAAUGUACAAGUAUGGUAUCUCUUACAUGAGUUUCUUCUCAUGGUUCUGUGAACUAACAUGGUCUAAAACACGACAUUUUUGUUGUUGUUCAACACAUUCCGUAAGUGUAGACCGGCUUGCACAAUACGACUUUUAAUGUAGUGAAGUAAAACAUGGCAAAAGAGCACAUCACGAACUGAGAUUAAAAAACUAAAUGGACAUUUGGUAGAUUUCUCACAGCUUUUGAGGACAUACAGUAGACUAACACGUGGGGGGAUUUGAAUAAUGUAUUCAGUCAUACCUUCAACACAAGCACGCCUAACAUGAUAAUCAUGCGAAAUCAAAUACAACAUAAAUUAUGUCAUAAAUAAGAACUAACAGAAAAGCGCUAUCAAAUUUCAAACGAAAUGCAAAAUACUGUUGUUAGCAUUGUUUUAAUAAUCUCACGAUAAGCCUUCCAACAUUUUAGCUCGAGUGCUCCGGUCGCGUUCGGGAAUCAGUUCAUCAUUUGUCACAACAACAAUUUCAAUCAUCUGCCGAGUGGCAUGCAGUGCACCCCCGUCACAUUGCGAGAUGCCAAAGUACAACACAAAUCCAGUCGGUGACAG